UCCGACAGGCGCAGAGAUGCCACCAAUUGUGGAGCGGGUACGAGGACGAGCUGCCGUUGGCGGCGCUUUGGCUCCACAGGGCGACAGGGAAGGGGGUGUACCUCUGGAGUACGUGGUGGAGAACGGCCAUGGUUUCGGAGGAACCGGGUGGGAGAUGGCCGAGUUUAGCGAUCGAACCAGUGGUUGUUGAUCACACAAUCCAAUUGUGAUGGGACCGCAUCAGCCCUCCGGCUUAUCCCUUCGCUUUAUCCCUACUUCAUCCAACAAGAAGCAAUAACGCCUUUGCUCCGCAGCGAUGCACAGCAUCGGCCUUCCCUUUCGCGCUCCUCCUCCUCCCUUCCUUGAGGUCGCUCCUUGGCCCUCGAAUCCCCCAUCUCGAACCCUCCUUCCUCCCCGCGCCUCGCUCUCCUCCUCCUCCUCCUCCGCCUAUUCUCCCUCUCGCCGCCUCCCGAAGCCCCCGUCGGUGCCAACGAAACCCCUCCCUAGCCCCGAUCUCCGAUGGCUCACCUCUCGCAUAGUCAAGCUCUCGCGCCGGCGGCAGCUCGAUCAGAUCUUCGAGGAGGUGGAGAUCGCCAAGAGGCGGUACGGCCGGCUGAACACGAUCGUCAUGAACGCUGUGAUGGAGGCCUGCAUCCACUGCCAGGACGUGGGUUCCGCACGUCAGGUGUUUGAGGAGAUGUCUGGACCAGAUGGCUGUGGCGUGGAUAACGUCUCCUUUGGGAUCUUGUUGAAGGGUUUAGGUGAGGCUCGAAGAGUUGAUGAAGCAUUCCAAAUGCUUGAGUCUAUAGACAAAGGUUCUGCUUUUGGGGGAUUGCAAUUGUCAGCUCAUGUCAUCUAUGGGCUGUUGAAUUCUCUUCUCCAGUCAGGAGAUUUAUGGCGUGCCAAUGGUCUUAUUGCGCGUUACCGUUUUGUGCUUCAUAAAGAGGGUCAAUCCCUCUUACUGUACAAUUUACUGAUCAAGGGAUAUACAAACAGUGAUUUCCCUCUUGGCGCUUUAGCUGUUCGGGAUGAAAUAUUGCGUCAAGGUUUGAAGCCUGAUAAAUUGACCUACAAUACAUUAAUUUUUGCAUGUGUCAAAUCUGGAAGAAUAGAUGCUGCAGUUCAGUUGCUUGCAGAAAUGAAGGAAGAAAAUGAAAAGUCUAGUUGUUGCGAACUCAUACCGGAUGCUGUCACUUACACUAUUUUACUUAAGGGCUUUGGAAACAACAAAGACUUGCAUUCAGUUAUCAAGACGGUGGAAGAGAUGAAAACUUCUGAUCUUUUUAUUGAUAGAACUGCAUAUACAGCAAUGGUUGAUGCACUGCUGGCAUGUGGAUCAAUCAAGGGUGCUCUUUGCAUAUUUGGAGAGAUAAUAAAGCAGUCUGGCAAGGAUAGUAAUAUUAGGCCAAAGCCUCAUCUCUAUCUUUCCAUGAUGCGGGCUUUCGCUAUGAGGGGAGACCUUGAUAUGGUCAAAAGGCUAAAUAUAAGAAUGUGGUCUGAUUCUGUUGGAUCAAUUUCUCCUUUAGUUCAAGGGGAAGCUGAUGAGCUUCUGAUGGAGGCAGCAAUAAAUGACAACCAGGUUGAUUUUGCUAAGGUUGUUUUGUCCAAAAUAAUUACCAGACGGCAAGGAUUUUCUUGGACAAGUAGGGGAGGCAUGGUAUUUACAAUAAUCUUUUCUAUUUCAGAUUUUGUGGUUCAAUUAGAACAACUUCAUGGUAGAUAUGAAAAACGUGUUUUAACUAGUAAGAGUUGGCUGCAGACUGCAAUCAAAGUAGAGGCUCUAUCAGGAUUCACCUGUUCCAUGCUUAGGCCUUACAUCCUUCCUCAGGUUUUGGUGGAUGAUCCAGUCGAGAAGUAUAUGACAGCUUUUGAUGAUGCCAACCCAUUACCUUGUAGCAUGACAUUGAAUAAAGUUGUCAUGCGUUUCUUUAAGGAUUCUGCCAUUCCAGUCGUGGAUGAUUGGGGCAGCUGCGUCGGAAUUGUUUAUCGCAAUGAUUGCAACAAGAUAGAUGCACCAGUUUCUUCGGUGAUGAGGGGACCGCCACCUUGUGUAACUACAUCUACAUCCAUUGGCCGAGUCAUCGAUCUCCUGCUGGAGAAGAAGUAUGAAAUUGUAGUAGUUGUUCGAAACAGUAGUGUAUAUGAGACCAUUUACAGCUGUAGUUCCAGGCCAGUAGGAGUUUUUACUCUCAAGAAUUUGUUCCCGCUUUUACAUGUUACAGACCAGUAGCAGUAAAGUCCACGUCGUUUCUUUUGUAGAUUUAAUCAAAGUUCAUGGACAUGAAAGUCUUGGGAAAUUUAUCUCUUGGCAUUUUUA